AUGGCUGGAACUUGGGAUUUCGGGGCAGAGCCGCGAGGCAAUACACAUGAACACACGAUACCUGUAGUGGGAAGAGCGGCUAUCUGGAUGGUUUUCAAGAUGACACCGUCUUGCGCCAACGAGUAUGAUGAGAGAGAGGAGGAGGAGGACGGAAGGGUUGGAACGGGAUGGGUGAAAAGGGACCGAAAAGUGCUGGAAACGCGUGUCUUACAAUGUUGCCUCACGGCAUCUUUGUUCAUCUAG